GUCCCGCCCUGAGCAGAGGGCACAAACGGCCAGAGCCGGGCUGCUGCACGCGGUAGAGUCGCGCUGUUCCCUCGCACGAAGUGUCCUCCCAGAAGCUCGCUAUGUCAGCUGCGAAGGUGGGGGGUGUUUUCCACAGAGCCCGGGACAGGACCCUGGACGCGUUUGUCGCAGAAGAGGAAAGGGAAUGGAAAGGCCCGUUCUACUUCAUCCAAGGUGCAGACCCACAGUUCGGACUAAUGAAGGCCUGGUCCACUGGGGACUGUGACCAUGGUGGUGAUGAAUGGGGCCAGGAGAUCCGUCUCACUGAACAGGCUGUUCAGGCCAUCAACAAACUGAAGCCCAGACCCAAAUUCUUUGUUCUGUGUGGUGACCUCAUCCAUGCCAUGCCAGGGACCCCCUGGCGCAAGGAGCAGACUGAGGACCUGCAGCGGGUGCUCAAAGACCUUGACAGUGAGAUCCCGCUGGUCCUUGUCAGUGGCAACCAUGACCUGGGCAACGUCCCCACAGCUGAGACCAUCCAAGAGUUCCAGCAGACAUGGGGAGAUGACUACUUCAGCUUCUGGGUUGGAGGUGUCUUGUUCCUGGUGCUCAACUCUCAGUUCUGGUACGAUGCCUCCCAGUGCCCAGCCCUGAAGCAGGCCCAGGACUGCUGGCUGGACCAGCAGCUGAGCAUCGCAGGACAACGGCAGUGCCGGCAUGCCAUUGUCUUCCAGCACAUCCCGCUGUUCCUGCACAGCAUCGAUGAGGAUGAUGACUACUUCAACCUCACCAGAGCUGUGCGCACAGAGCUGGCAGACAAGCUCACCAGUGCAGGUAUCAAAGCUGUGUUCUCGGGCCACUACCACAGGAACGCUGGAGGCACCUACAAGAACCUGGACAUGGUGGUGUCAUCUGCCAUCGGAUGCCAGUUGGGCAAAGACACCCAUGGGGUCCGAGUUGUGGUGGUCACCACUGAGAAAAUCAUUCAUCGGUACUACAGUUUAGAUGAGCUAAGCAAGAAAGGAUUAGAAGACGAUCUAAUGGAGCUGAUGAAGGAAUGACUGCCCUUGUGAUCUACUCCCCUUUCACCUUCAGUUUUUUUUUUUUUUAUUUUGCCAGAAACAAUAGCAGCACACAAUCAUUUGUUGCAAUGUAAGCGUAGAUCAGGCAGUUGCGUGAAUUUACCUCCUUUUGCAUAAAUCCUAUGCUAAAUUAUAUUCACAAUAGAACUGCCACCCAGAAAGCCUGGAAAUAAUUUUCUAAUUAUUGCGAUAUUAACUAUCUCUGCAUGAAUGUCUGAGAAAAUCCUCCUAAUGGUGUGUCUCUCAACUCUCCUUUCAAAUUAGAUUGUUUCUGGCAGCAUAUGAUCGAUGUCUACCUAUUGACCUCAGUCCCAGCUUGAUAUCUAAGUGUGAUCUUUGCUAAUUCCUGGAAGAAACUGUAUCUGAUUAUAUUAAAUUGUGGUCAUGACUCCCAAAAUGUUAGCAAAACAAAGGUCAUCUUUCCUUUUUAGCAAAAUAAAUAGCACUCUCUCUCUUGCCAGAGCCCUGUAGACUUACUUUAACAAAGAGCCAAAUAGCUACCAUUGGCUGUGAAAUUCUGAAGCGUCAAUUGUAGCUAAUGCUGGGAACAGAAUACACUUGCUACAAGUCAGAACUUGAAUUUGCCUUCCUGACAACUACAAAAGUUACUUUUGUACAAAGCGUGGCUGUUUGUGCAACUCUCAUCCAGAAGACUAAUCAAGGCCCUGAGCUGUGGCGUGGAAAGCCACUGUGCAGCCCAGUUCGUUCAUCUGCAGUUUUCCGGUGCUAUGGACAUUCGACAGCAGGAUUCUCCUCGGGUCAGAAUGCCCCUUCAUUGACCAUCCUCAAAACUUCACCUGCUUCAUUAAAAGAAGGUGGGAACUGAUGCAGACUUCUCAACAAAAACAAAGCAGAAAUUUUGGUGGGCCAAGACAGACCUUCAGCCACACUAACAUGACAGCCCAAGUGGUUAAAUGCACGAGUACCAUGUACCUUGGUGGAACAGCAUGUUAUUUAGAGCUGGCAUCAUUUUUAUAUAAUGACCUUGCUGCAUCUCCUUAACAACUGGCCCUGGCAUGCUUUUAUCCACAUAGGUUGCUUACAUGCCUGCCUGUGAGGAGGGAACUCAGGGAAUGUUGAGCUACAUUCCUAGCCCUUUCAUUUGACAAGGUCUCAGUAAUUACCCAUUAUGGCCUUGGGCUUGCAAUUCUCCUGUCUCAGGUAGCCUGGAUUAGUCUGCAUCACCAUAGCCAGCGGAUCCUUGCAGUCUUUUUCACAAACCAUCCUAGAGCAAGUUCCCCGGUACUCCAAAUUCUGGCAGAAAAGCUUUGCAGCAUUAUGUGGUAGUAUUCACUAAGCCUAAACAAACUUUUAAAAACUGACUGGUUAUAAAUGAACCACAAAGUCCAUUAAGUUAAAAAAAAUCAUUCUUGUUAAAGAGUUUUAGUCAUCAUAGCAAAACGAUGGGAAAUUAAAUAGAAAGAUAAUUGGAUAUGUAAAUUCAUAAAGAACAAAAGACAAGGAGUUAAUUAUACUACAGAUCGGUGACACACCAUUGUUCAUUGUUAUGUGCAAAAGAAUUAAAAAUUUUCCAAACUAAAAUGUCCUGCGGUGCUUUGCUGGGACCCUGUUUUGUGUUCAUUUUUCUUUAUAACAGGUUUAGACUUAAGAGGGCAGAAGGGGCCUAACUAAUGAGGCACUGCAGACCUGGGAAGUGGUGACAGUGGGACCGUAAAUACAAGGGCUCUGACUCCAUACUGGGGAACGCAGGAGGGAAAUAGAAAGAAUUUAAUCACAGAGGACUGAAGAGGGUGCUCUUUCUCAUGGUCCAUGAACAAAAUUUGGGAACAUUCUGGAGAUGAUUAAAAGUAAUGGGAAUUUAAAUUCUUUUUCUCACAAAAACCUAGUAAGUCAAAGAAUUGGUUUAAAACACCCAAAAAUAUGUUAA